CAAGCUGAAGUUAGAAGCUGAUUGGUCAGUACACACACACAGAGCUGCUCCAGUAACAGACCCCCCUCAUUGUGUGCGGGUGGGCUGGCUCUGUCCUCACCUGCUGCCAAGCUAGAUGUGUGAAGUGCACAGAGCACUCAGUAUUCACUCACCUCCUUCCACCACUGACACAGAGAGAGAGAGGAAGUGAGGGAGGGGCCGGCCUCCAUUCAGAGGGUGAUGAGAACACCGAGCACACCGAAGCACACAGCGCUACGGCGACGGACACCCCGGGAGGAGGGGGGCAGCACGGGACCGACUACCUGGCCAGUCUAAUAACGUCCCCGCCUCCACACUGCUCGCCGUCUAGUCAGGACUUCUCAUUAGUCUGUGAUAAGGAAGGACGUGUUAUAACAUCACUCAGUCAACGGACGGCGGUAUACAUAGACCAGCUCAGGACUCCACCUGUGAUAUACCGGCUGUGGACCCUGUAUUGAGACUCCACCUGUGAUAUACAUAGACCUGGCUCAGGACCCUGUAUUGGGACUCCACCUGUGAUAUACAUAGACCUGGCUCAGGACCCUGUAUUGGGACUCCACCUGUGAUAUACAUAGACCUGGCUCAGGACCCUGUAUUGGGACUCCACCUGUGAUAUACAUAGACCUGGCUCAGGACCCUGUAUUGGGACUCCACCUGUGAUAUACAUAGACCUGGCUCAGGACCCUGUAUUGGGACUCCACCUGUGAUAUACAUAGACCUGGCUCAGGACCCUGUAUUGAGACUCCAUCUGUGAUAUACCGGCUCAGGACCCUGUAUUGGGACUCCACCUGUGAUAUACAUAGACCUGGCUCAGGACCCUGUAUUGAGACUCCAUCUGUGAUAUACCGGCUCAGGACCCUGUAUUGGGACUCCACCUGUGAUAUACAUAGACCCAGCUUGGGACCCUGUAUUGGGACUCCACCUGUGAUAUACUGGCUCAGGACCCUGUAUUGAGACUCCACCUGUGAUAUACUGGCUCAGGACCCUGUAUUGGGACUCCACCUGUGAUAUACUGGCUCAGGAGCCUGUAUUGGGACUCCACCUGUGAUAUACUGGCUCUGCAGCCUGUCUUGGGACUCCACCUGUGAUAUACUGGCUCAGGACCCUGUAUUGGGACUCCACCUGUGAUAUACAUAGACCUGGCUCAGGACCCUGUAUUGGGACUCCACCUGUGAUAUACUGGCUCAGGACCCUGUAUUGGGACUCCACCUGUGAUAUUCUGUCUCAGGACCCUGUAUUGGGACUCCACCUGUGAUAUACUGUCUCAGGACCCUGUAUUGGGACUCCACCUGUGAUAUACUGGCUCAGGACCCUGUAUUGAGACUCCACCUGUGAUAUACUGGCUCAGGACCCUGUAUUGGGACUCCACCUGUGAUAUACUGGCUCAGGACCCUGUAUUGGGACUCCACCUGUGAUAUACUGGCUCAGGACCCUGUAUUGAGACUCCACCUGUGAUAUACUGGCUCAGGAGCCUGUAUUGGGACUCCACCUGUGAUAUACUGGCUCAGGAGCCUGUAUUGGGACUCCACCUGUGAUAUACUGGCUCAGGACCCUGUAUUGGGACUCCACCUGUGAUAUACUGGCUCAGGACCCUGUAUUGAGACUCCACCUGUGAUAUACUGGCUCAGGAGCCUGUAUUGGGACUCCACCUGUGAUAUACUGGCUCAGGAGCCUGUAUUGGGACUCCACCUGUGAUAUACUGGCUCAGGAGCCUGUAUUGGGACUCCACCUGUGAUAUACUGGCUCAGGAGCCUGUAUUGGGACUCCACCUGUGAUAUACUGGCUCAGGACCCUGUAUUGGGACUCCACCUGUGAUAUACUGGCUCAGGAGCCUGUAUUGGGACUCCACCUGUGAUAUACAUAGCCCUGGCUCGGGACCCUGUAUUGAGACUCCACCUGUGCUAUACAUAGACCUGGCUUAGGACCCUGUAUUGAGACUCCACCUGUGAUAUACAUAGACCUUGCUCAGGACCCUGUAUUGAGACUCCACCUUUGAUAUAUAGACAUAUAGUUGCUAUGUGAGAUGAGGUUCAGGAAUGGCAGUCUGUUGACCGUCGUGUGUUUGGCUGCUUUCUUCUCCUUGUCGUGGUACACAACAUGGUACAGAGACAAAGAGUAUGGAACAGACACGUAUGAAAAGCAGUUUCUAGAACUCCAGCGAAGACUAUUUCACGCAGAGCAAGAGAACCGAAAAAGAUCUCAAGAUCUGAGUACUGUUUUAGAUGAAAUUAAGCGUGCGGUUGCAGAGAAGAGGAAUGCAUUUGAAAAUCACACAGUUGAAGAGAUAAAAUGGAAAGUCUUGAAUAUAACCAGCAAACUCCCUUUGCCGUUUAUGAACAUCUACAUGUUUCUGCCUCAUUUGUUGGGACACGAAGAUGGUUUGCAGCCAAACGUGCUUUAUGGACACGGCAGAACAGGAGUGUCCAUUGUGAUUGGGAUCCCAACUGUGAAGAGAGACAAACAGAGUUACUUGUUGGACACGUUGAGUUCCGUCUUCUCAGAGAUGUCUGCAAGCGAAAAAGAUGAUUGUGUUGUCGUAGUGUUUAUAGCAGAGGUGAAUGCCCAGUAUGUAAAUGAUGUUGCAAGUAGUAUAAAAAACAGCUUCCCCCGUGAAAUCCAGUCUGGUGUCCUUGAGGUUAUUUCUCCGCCAGCAUCCUAUUAUCCAGAGUUCUCCAAUGUAAAGGAAACCUUUGGAGACUCCAAAGAGAGAGUGAGGUGGAGAACUAAGCAGAACUUGGACUACAGCUUUAUGAUGUUGUAUGCACAACCAAAGGGCACCUAUUACCUGCAGCUGGAGGAUGACGUUGUUGCCAAGCCACAAUUUUUCCAGUCUUUGAAAGACUUUGCCACCCAGCAGACCUUAGAUGACUGGCUAAUACUUGAAUUUUCACAGUUAGGCUUCAUUGGAAAGUUGUUCAAGUGCAAAGACCUGCCUUACGUUGUUGAAUUUUUCCUAAUGUUUUACAAAGAUAAGCCCAUUGAUUGGCUUCUUGAUCAUUAUCUGUGGGUGAAAGUUUGCAAUCCUGAAAAGGACGCAAAACACUGUGACCGGCAGAAGUCCAAUUUGCGCAUCAGGUACCGCCCCUCCCUGUUUCAGCAUAUUGGCACACAUUCUUCAUUGGUUGGAAAAAUACAGAACUUAAAGGAUAAAGAUUUUGACAAGAAAGUGCUAUACAAGCCACAUCAUAAUCCUCCAGCAAAACUUAGCACCAGUCUGAAGGUUUACCAGCAAUAUAAUCUUGAAAAAGCUUAUCUGGGCCAGGAAUGCUUCUGGUCAUUUUCUCCUGUGGCUGGGGACUAUAUACUCUUUGAGUUUGAGGAACCUUUACAGCUAGAAGGUUAUCUAUUCAGGAGUGGAAACAUAGAACAUCCAGGUGACAAGCUGUUUAACACCACUGUCCAGGCGUUACCAGCAGAGAAGGUUAAUAAUCCUCCAGAAGCAUUGCAAAUAGAUGAAGAUGGAUUCAUACAAAUAGGGAAGUUUCUCAAUGGCAUUGCUGAAGGUGAAGUUAAUAGCAUUUUGGGAAAAAUUAAAGCCAUUCGUCUGAAAAUUAUCACAGAGUCCCCUGUUUGGGCAUUACUAAGUGAGAUAUUCAUUAAAUUGAAGAAAUAGUCUGAAGCUUUAUUGCCCUCUGCUGGGACAGUGCAAGACUACUCUGAAGUUUGAAUGGCAUUACUGGAAGGAUGAAGAUUGUAUAGAUUAUAUUUUUUAUGCUGGAAAUAAUUUAGCUAUUUAUAUUUAAUAAUUGUUUUGUUCUUUUUACAAAAUAACUUUUUAAGAGUUUAUUUGCGUUUCUUUAAGAUAAACAUUCAUUCUAAAGAUGACAGAAGCUAUUUGCACACAGAGAUUAUGCAACCAAAGAACUUUGAUAUCGCUGAAUCUUUUACGGCUUUUGUUUAAUUACAGAACCAAGGUACUGGACACUGUAAACCAUUUGUUUUGAUGGAAUGUUCUCUGAAGGCCUUACCAAAUGAUGGCUCUUUUUUUUUUUUUUUUUUUCACAAUUUGAACACGUCUUAAAACUGUUGCAAGUGUACUAAUGUUUUGUGUUUGCAUGGAAUGCAAUGGAUUCUGUGGUAGUUAUAGUCACCAUUAUUGGCAUUGAAGGUAAAUCAGACUUAAAGUGGUUGUAAAGGCAGAAUGUUUUUUUAUCUUAAUGCAUUCUAUGUGUUCUGUGUGCAGCAGCCCUGUCUUCACGUCUGCUUUUUUUGGCACAGCUCUGUGUGAAUCUGAGGCAUUGACUGCCUAUGUGCCCAUGCACAUACAGGCUGGUAUCAGCAUUUUUUGGCAAGGGCAUUUUCUCGUAAUAUUGCUAGAUCAGUCUUGCCUUAUCUUAUUUACUCUUCACAUAAAAAACACAGAACUCUGAUGAUCCACAGAACUUUGUCAGUGCCUUUUAAUAGAGGGAUCUCUUCUAGCUUGGCCUUGACAGCCGGGCAUCUUCUGUAGGCUGACCGUUCUUCAUUUGUUUUGACGCUGUUCUCUAAAUGUUCACUAAGUGUUGGCUCUGUUCCCUAUAGUGGAUUCUCUAUAGGAAUAAUUGAUGACUGUAAUAACCGCCUACAUCAGAUCUUUGGCUGAAAUGUGCAAGACAGAAAAAAAUACUUGGCAGGGACUCAAAGUGCCUCUCCUUACUCAAACGUUGGGCAUAUUAGAAAAGGUAUGGUGUUGGACAAAAUAUCUGCCCAUUUUUUUCCACACUAAUUGUACAGUUGACAUGAAAUUGUCACCUGAUCCAGACAUUGAUAGUAAACACCCUUGGGAAUUAUUUACAGGGAGAACUGGUGAUCAGCUGGGCUGGAUUUUUCAAGCAGGUAGCUGGUACUUUUCACUAAGGCUUGAAUUUCAGCCUGCUGCUCCUGAAUUGGUCAAAAUUUUAGCCAUUGGUGAGUGGCGCAAAUGCCACCCAGCAUAAAAAAUGGCAAUUUAAAACUCAACUGUUCUGGGUGAAAAUCAUGGUUCAAACAAUGACUGCAUCCUAACGCAUGUAGUCCCUGUUCGCCAGUGUUACUGCACUCGGGCAGCCCCAGGCAAAAAAUACCAUAUUCAGCAGUGAGACCCCUUUCACACUGAGGAGUUUUUCUGGCGGUACAGCGCUAAAAAUAGCGCUGCUAUACCACCUGAAAAACU